AUGUAUUUGAAGAAACCACACUGGAGUGAAGGGAUAGAAAGUGAGAAACCAGAUCCAACCGGAUCAUCAGAUCCAAAUGGUUCCGUGGUGGAGCUUGUGAAUUCCCUUCAUCAACAAAGGGUAUAUCGGGAAGUAACUCUCGCUCUCACCACCGGUCUCCGAGACGCACGCGCUGAAUUCUCGUUCCUCCGUCUCCGUGCUCUCCGUUCCAUUCUCAAUUUCCUCAAUUCCAUUGCCGAUUCCGAUUCUACUAUUUACCUAUUUAACCUAACACAAUCCAUUCCCCAACUUCAAGUCGUUCCGGUUCUCUUUCAGCACUCGUUAAAGGAAACGGGGAAUGAUCAUAAUUACAAUAAGUUGGUAGGAGACAUGAGUCAUAUAUUUGGUGUGGAACCUAUGAAGUUAACUAGUCCAUCUACAGAUGAUGAAAUUGCACUUGCUCUUAGAGUUUUGGAAGGCUGUUGUUUACUUCAUCCACAUAGUUCUACUCUUGCCCAUCAGCAUAAUGGUGUUCAGGUUUUGUUGAAUAUACUAUCCACCCGCGGAGUUCUUGAGCAAAGUGCAUGCUUAGAUGCUCUGAUCUCAUUGAUGGUUGAUUCAUCACCCAAUCAAAUGGAUUUUGAGAAAUAUAAUGGUAUUACGGAAGUUGCGGCCCUUAUAAGAGACAAACAAGUGGAUGAAAAUCUCAGGUUAAAAUGUGGAGAGUUUCUGCAGCUGCUCAUUGGACAUGUCAAUGGUAGAGAUUCGCCUCCUUUGGCAACUAUACAUGAAGACACAAGGCGUCUCUUAGGGGAGACAUCAGCCUCCUUGAUAUGGGCAGCUAGUCAGUUUGGCUCGACGCUUGAUCCAGAACAAAGACUAACUGCUCUCCAAAUCCAGGCUCGCAGGAUCCUUGAAUCUUUGGACUUGUAUUGA